AUGCGUUUCCAACCAAGAGUGAUGUUUAAUUAUGGUCGUGAAUUUGAUGGGUCUACGAUUGACGCCCCCAUAAUAUGUGCGCGUGGGUUGUGUAAGAAAAUAACUGCCUAUGUAUCUUUGGAUGCUAGUUAUAAUACACCCGGUGAUCAUACUAUGAUUUUACGGUAUUUUCAUUAUGGUUGCGAGGAAAUAUUGCGGGGUAAAUAUGGCGUAUAUAUGACAGUGUCAUUGAAGCAGGAAAAAAUACAUACAAAUAUUGUAAACAAGAACAGCCUUCACAAAAAGAUGUGUGAAGAUAUAGAGAUAAUUGUUAGCGGUAUGCUGGCAUAUGACAUUGUUAAAAAUACAGACGAUAUACAAUUAAUAUGGUUGGAAGAAUACGGGCUCGCGGUUGAUGAAGACUUAUUAUAUGAAUUUGAUGCGGUUGUAAAACAGUUUUACUCUUUUUAA